CCCUCCGUCACCUCCACCUCGAGGUAACUCAAAGAAGCUUAAGACGAAGCCGUGGUCGUCAACGUCAAUUCGUCGAGGAUAUUCGGAUAGGCCUUAUCAAUCUUAGCGGAAUGUGAUACUGGAAAUCAACUCCACAGAGCCGAAAACGACCGAGUGAAUAAAUACUUGAUCACGCCCAGUAACCGCACAAUCAAACCCAUCCAAAAGUUAAUUAUCAAGAUGUCUUCGCCCAAGCUCGUGGUCCACCACCUCCAAGUCGGCCAGGGAGAACGUAUCCCCUGGCUCCUUGAAGAGCUCGACAUCCCAUACGAGCUUAAGCUCUACCAGCGUGCUCCCCUCCUUUCUCCACCCGAGCUCAAAGCAAAGUACCCCAUGGGCGCCUCUCCCAUACUCGAAGACUUUACCGCCGAUGCUGAAAACCCUGUAACCUUUGCUGAAUCCGGAGCGAUCACCGAGUACAUCAUCUACAAGUACGGCGGCGGAAGACUUGCUUUGAAGCCUGAUCACAAGAACUACGCAGACUAUCUUUACUGGUUCCACUUUUCCAACGCAACUUUGCUAUCUGGCAUGAUGCGUCGCGCACUGGCCCGUGGCAUGGUUGGCGAAUCCGAUAUACGUUACAGGGGCAACGCACAACGAGUCGCAGCGGCCAUGGAUCAUAUCAACAAUCGCCUUCUCUCGAACAAAUGGCUUGCUGGCGAGGAGUUUACAGCCGCAGAUAUCAUGACCGGAUGUUGUUUCUCAACGUUGCGAAAAUUCGAGCCGGUUGACUUGACUGAGUAUGAGGGCAUCUUGGAGUGGUUGAAGAGAAUUGGGGAGAGGGAGGCCUACAGGCGUGCAAUGCAGAAGGGAGACCCAGAGCUAGAUAUCGAGGAGGGUCUGAGUGCCAAGGGGCCGCCGAUUUUCGAGGCGUUCGCCAAGGCUAUGGCAGCGAAGCCGUGAGUAACUCAAGGCGUAUUCAAGCAGGAUGGUGCUGAUGCGCCCAGGAAAGAUGAGAAGUUGUAGAGGCGGCUUGUAGGUAUGCUUGUCAGAAAUAAACAACUGUCUUCAGCGGAAGUGGCACGUUCUGCCUUUACCACCUGUAACAAGUUCAGUUUGUCUUCACGCACGUUACUGACACGAAAUCAUGCGUUAAGAACAUGGUCACAGGGUUCUUCUCAAAGUACAUGGAGUAGUGUCA